CUUGGAGGAAGCAAGGCCAGGAGUGGGAAACACGUCCUAUCUGGUUGUGGUGUCUACGAUGGCACAGAAAUCCAUGAGGCCUCAGCCAUACUGGUACACCUUAGUCGUGGGGGAGCUGAGGUUCAGAUGUAUGCUCCAGAUGUUCCUCAGAUGCAUGUCAUUGACCACAGUAAAGGGCAACCAGCUGAAGCUGAGUCAAGGAACGUUUUAGUGGAAUCUGCAAGGAUUGCUCGUGGUAAAAUUGCAAGCCUGGCUAAGCUUACUACAGCAGACCAUGAUGCUGUGAUAUUCCCUGGUGGAUUUGGAGCUGCUAAAAACUUAUCUACCUUUGCUGUUGAUGGGAAAGAUUGCAAGGUGAACAGAGAAGUUGAACGUGUCUUGAAAGACUUCCACAAAGCAGGCAAACCUAUUGGUCUUUGCUGCAUUUCACCAGUGUUGGCAGCAAAGGUUCUCUCUGGUGCUGAAGUAACUGUGGGCCAUGAAGAAGAGGAAGGUGGCAAGUGGCCUUAUGCCGGGACUGCAGGAGCCAUUAAAGAACUGGGAGGAAAGCAUUGUGUGAAAGAAGUAACUGAAGCUCACGUGGAUACAAAAAACAAGGUGGUGACUACCCCAGCAUUUAUGUGUGAAGCAGAAUUACAUAAUAUCUUCGAUGGCAUUGGGGCCAUGGUAAAGAAUGUGCUAAAAUUAACUGGCAAAUAAAAAAAAAAAAAUCAGAAAUGUUUAAAUUUAGGGUGUAGUAUCAAACAUAAUAUGGACCAAUGGAAGCAUUUUCACCUGCUUGUCCUGUUCACACUCUAGUGAAUGCUGAUGCGGAGCUGAUUGAUUCCCUGCUGCAGGGUUUUCCAUGCCCUUUCUGAGAGAGGGGCCUGCAGAAGGGCUUACAGAGUACAAACAGCCUGGCCUGAGACACAGAGCAUUUUCUUGAGCUUUUUCAGCUGGAGAGCGCUGUGCGGACGUAUUCUGAAACCAGUCCUCCCCACGCACCAGUGUGACAUCAUUUCUGUGGGGAUGAAAAGAGACUAAAGGCCCUUUCAGAAGCUGAGGGCAGAUACGUUGUAGGGACAUAGCAGAUGCAGUGGCAGCGUAUCUAGCAGACGAAGAAUGUGAGUAGAGAGGAAUUAGUGCGUGGUUUCAGGUUUAUGUGCUCAGGCCUGUAUCUGUGAACUAAAAGCCAGGAUCGGUUGUCAAGGGAAUAGACAUCUUCCACAUCUUAAUUUUAGCUUGGUAUUAAUUAGAAGAUUAAUGUUUUGGUUUUCCAUUUCAAAGAAUCCUGUUUUUACAAAGAAGCCAUUCUGAAUAUCAGUCAGCAGCAGGAUACAUCUUAACUGUCACAACACUAGCACUUCGAAAAAUUCAUCCAUUGGCCCAUUAUAGCUAAAAAGGUCUUGAAGGAGAAAAUAUCCGCUGAUGUGACGCACAAUUUUUAAGGAUAAUACCCAUGUUAAAAUAGCUGCAUGACUAGCAGUGGAUGGAAAAAAACAAUCUCAAAUUAUCCUUACUUUCCCUGCUUUAGGGCAAUAAAGCUUUCUCCAAAGAAAUAUUAUUCAAUGUCUGGAAUAAUGAUGUAUAAAUAAAUAAAUUUCUGCCUUUAUCUCA